AUUUACCGAAAGAAUUGCGAGAUCUUUACGGCAGGUUGUCUUUCGAGGCGAAAUUUUAUUUUACUUAUCUUAAAAGUAACGAAGAAAAGAAGGCGUUUCUUGAGAUGAUGCUAGCGGAAAGAAAAAAACAACGUAAAACAGGAUUUCUUCUUGUUCUUUUAAUUGUCAUCGGUCUUAUUGUGGUUAGCGAGAAAACUGAAGAGAAAAGUGAUGAAUUGUAUUCAAUAAUUUCAUAUUCUACAACGUAUUCUGUCCAAUCUAUUGCGAUUGUAUUGGUUUUAUUUUGCGAGAAAGGAUUUAAUAAAGAAUUUUUUAUUUGUUUAUCUUAUGUAUCAUUGCCAUUAUGUCUUUCUGGUAUAGGAAUGGGAGUAAUGACAAAUCAUCACAUAGAACCAAUAUUGGCAAUAUCAUUGUUUGGACCGGGAGU